UCUAACAGAGCGUCUAACACACCACACAGGUUAAAUGUGUUGUGAAAAAUCAAACCGGCAAAGAAGUGAAAUCUGACCGACCAUCUCGGGCAAGCCUGUCACGAUGAUUUGGAAAUUGAUUCAUUUUAGUGCUCUCCUCCUCGGGGCACUCGCUUCUCCGACUCCAUCCUCGCCCACCAGCACCACGAACGCUGACGGAGGACCCUGUCACAUCUACAACUCUGGCCACUCUGCAGACUGUCUGGGAAGACAGCUCGACAGUGUCCCAUGGAGACAAUUUCCAUCCACACUGGAGGACAUAGAUCUCUCCUACAAUAGACUUCAAGCUGUUCAUGCUGACGACUUCCUCCGCCUCCCUCAGCUCCGCGUCCUUGUGCUGCGGUACAAUAACAUUUCACACAUUGACAAUGAUGCCUUUAAAAACAACAAGCUGCUGGAGCAUCUUGACAUCUUUAAUAACUCCCUGCAGGAAAUUCCUGCCAUGGCUCUGACUCCUCUUCUGAAUCUGAAAAAGCUUUUAAUGUCCAAUAACCUUUACAAACACGCCACUUUGGAUGGCAGCUUCUCCAAAUUUGCCAAACUCGAGGUUCUGUCCAUGGGCGGCCCUCUGGUGGCGGGUCUAAAGAAAGCCGAUUUUCUGCCCCUGAAGGACACCGUCUUACAAGGCUUUGCUAUCAAAUGCUCCCCCAGUCUGAGUUACUAUGAGCCUGGAAGUUUAGAGGUCAUCCAGACAAAGCAGAUGGGCUUUGAUAUGGCCAUAGAUCAGCUGCCCAAUGCUCUCCCUCACAUGCUACGAGACCUUGCCAACAAGACCUUCAGCGCCAUCCAGUUCCGCAACCUUUUUGAGUUCAUGUACUACAUGGGAGAGGAAGACAUUUUCCAGGGUUUAAAAGACAUCACAGCCCAUCAGCUCAUCUUUCACAGAGGAAAAUACAACGAGAACCUCCUGAGGAUGGCUUUAAUGAACUUACAAGUUGCCCCUAUCAAGUGGUUGAGACUCCAGUACAUCGACUUCGCCCGUUCACCCACAUUUGUUGAUAGCGGAGCAGGUUCCAGCGUUACAGAGCUGGCACUGGAUAAGUUGGAUCUGUGGUAUAUCAGUAAUCCUGACGUGCUGCGUUUCGACUGGCGCUUCACCUGGUUCAACAAAAUUAAGGAACUGUCUAUUCAGCACGUGUACUUCAACUCUGUUCCUUGUGAUGCUUGGACUGAGAUGGCAGGUGUGGAGUCUCUGGAUGUCUCCAACAAUCGACUGCAGAAUGAGUACAUCUUCAACCAACAGUGUGAUUACAGGGGCACCAUGCCGAACCUUCACACCUUCAAAAUGAACUCCAAUGAACUGAGCAGCCUGAAAGCCUUGUCGUCUCUAACCAGGGAGUUCCAGCAGCUGCAGGUGUUGGAUUUUAGCAACAACAAACUGGGAUCUGCAGAAAAAAGUCGGGGCUGCGUUUGGCAGAAAAAUAUCACUCGUCUUAUCGCUCAUCACAAUCAGUUUGUGAGUGAAGCCCUGCGCUGUCUGCCCACCACAGUGCACUACCUGGACCUGUCCAACUGCAACCUGGACCAGCUGGAUAUGAUGUACUUUGAGAGAGCCACCAACCUAAAAGAGCUCCUGCUGAGUGGGAAUAAAAUCAAGUUCAUCCCAUCUAAAUGGACAAGUCCGUCACUGCAGUCACUAGCUUUGGAUGGGAACUCAUUCGGUCUCAUUAGCAAGGCGUCCUUCCAGGACAUGCCUCAACUGUCUCAGCUGAGGGCUGGGAAUAAUCCUUACCACUGCACCUGUGAGCUCCACGCUUUUGUCCAGGACACAGUUUCAAAGGGGAAGGUUAACCUCACAGACUGGCCUUGGAACUACAGGUGUUACCACCCAGAGGCCUUGCUGAACACAGUUGUAUCCAAAUUCUUCCCAGGUCAAGUGGCAUGUGACAUCAGACUCGUCAUCAUCAUCUGUGUUGCCACCACUGCAGCGGUGAUCCUGAUACUGAUGCUGAUUUGUUAUAUUUUUGACCUCCCUUGGUACACUAAAGCCACGUAUCAGAUCAUCAGGGCCAAAUACAGAGCUCACAAGGAGAAGUUGGCAGGGGAACCAGGGACUUUUGCUUAUCAUGCCUUCAUAUCCUACAGCCACUCUGAUGCAGACUGGGUGAGAGACCAGCUCUUGCCCUGUUUGGAGAACAACAGGAACCCCUAUCGUUUGUGUAUUCAUGAGAGGGACUUCAUGCCAGGGAGGUGGAUCAUCGAUAACAUCAUUGACAACAUCGAAAAUAGUCAUAAGGUUAUUUUUGUCCUCUCCCGGCACUUCGUUAACAGCGAGUGGUGCAACUAUGAGCUGUACUUCGCUCAGCAGAGAGCCAUGGGAAAGACCUUCAGUGACGUCAUCCUCGUGGUGAAGGAGCCCAUCGAUCCCAGUUCUUUGCCCAGCAAAUACUGCAAGCUGAAGAAGAUGCUGAGUACCAAGACAUACCUGGAGUGGCCCCAGCAGCCCAACCAGCAGGCAUUCUUUUGGGCGCAGCUGAGAAGUGUCCUGGGCAAGCCGACGACCACCCGAGAAGGGAAGCACAGUGUGAAGAGCAGAAACUCAUCUGUGGGGGGUGUUUCUGUGAUUGGACCUCCCAUUGAGGACAGGAGGCCAGAAGUAGACAACACUAAUAGAGACAAAGAAGCAGCACUUGACAACGAAUUUAUUAAGAGGAAUAAUGAUGAGCUGUUAAAUCAGAGACACAUUCCUGUGGUGGCAUUUUGACCAAAAGGUUAGAGAAUAAAGAUUUUUUCAGUAUUUUCUUUAGGCCUGAACUCAGUUAACCUUUUGUGUGGGUUAUGCCAAAGCUGGGAGCAAAAGCCAGUGUCUCAUUAUGAUGACAAAAACAUGAUCCCCCGCUUGCCCAUGGCAUUCUGUCAUGUUAUCCCCAAGGGCCGGGCUGAUGCCCUCUGCGCCGCUCUCCCUCUGAGCGUCUCGGGCCGGGUGCCCAGCUGACAGUCGCUGAAAGGCCAGAAACUCAACGGCUCAAAUGAGAUCUCCCAUGUUGCACUCUGGAUAACAAGCGAGGUGCCAGGAAGAUGUGGUGACAGGAGGCACAUUGUGAAAGGACCGUUCUCUGUUACAUGUUUGGCCCUCAGAGAUAUGAGAUCAUGAGUGUUGCAGAUCUGAUGGUUCAGAGCCAAGUCAAAGGCCACCACACGGGACACAUGAUACCAGUACUUCACAGGAAUACUUAAUGUUUAAGGAAAAUAGCUAACCUAAAUGGCAAUGUAAAAAUCUAAAUCCCCAGUAAAUCUUGGUGCAACUGGGAUGCCAAUACUGAUGACAGGAUGUUAACAAAUGCACAUGGUGGGAUUACAAUUAAAAAAAAAAAAAAUAUGUGGUUAUGUUAGGGCAA